AUGGCAGCUCGACAAGACUCUGAUAAACUGAAAUGGAAUCAGACCGAUGAACCCUGGGACGAAUAUGUUAAACAAAUCUCGUUGAGAUCAUACCUCCGAAAGGUCGAAGCCUUUGCCGAGAUUGUGAUGGGUGCGCCUGGAAAGGUCAUAGAACCGGUGAUUCUCGGCGGAUUCCACAUUCUAUUUCCCUUUCGACUAGAUGCCGAAGCUUCUUCUCCCGCAAAUGUCCUGGUGCGCCUACCUUUUCCCAGUCAGGGCAUUAUACAUGAAGAAAAAACGCUUAGCGAAGCCGCGACAGCGAGAUACUUGGCGCAACAUACUCAACUCAUAGUUCCCAAGGUUUACCACUAUGGUGUCGAUCCCACAUCUGGCAUCGGUCCAUUCCAAGUCAUCCAAGAUAUGGGGUCCCGAGAAACCUUGGGAUGCGGCCUGUUACCGCCCGAUUGCAAUAUCCUCCUGUUGGAUCCGGAAAUUUCCGAAACCAAACUCAAGGACCUCUAUUACAAGAUUGCACGAUGUGUGCUGCAGCUUGCACAACCCACGUUUCCGCACAUCGGGGCUGUUGUCGAGACCAGCCCCGGAUCCAUCUGCGUGGCAGGACGACCCAUCACCUUCAACAUGAGUAAUAUGGUCAAACUCUCCAACGUACCCGAAUCUGUGUUGCCUGCCAAAGGCACAAUGUAUCAGACAGCCGAUGACUGGUAUGUGAAACUGGCCGAGAUGCAAAUGGCAACACUCCUCUUCCAGCACAACGACAUAAUAUCCUCCGAAGAUGACUGCAGGACCAAGUACGUCGCGCGUCAACUGUUCCGCAGAUUGGCAAAACAAGGCCGGCUAUCGAGUUUCGGCUUUUCUAAUGAUGAUUGGCCGGAUAAUAUUCUCGUCGAUGACAAUGGCGACGUUCUUGGGACCAUCGAUUGGGAAUUUGCAUAUGCUGGGCCGACUCACUUUACGUUGGAUUCGCCCUGGUGGCUGUUGCUCGAUUUUCCCGAGUCUUGGGAGAAUGGUAUCGAUGAUUGGACGACCACUUACGAGAAACGUCUCCCGACAUGGCUGUUAGCCUUAGAAAAGGCAGAGAAUGAGACAGGAAACUCAAACACGCCGUUCCUCCUCUCAGCGUACAUGCGGGACAGCUGGGCCACGGGACGUUUCUGGCUAAACUAUGCUGCCAGGAAGAGCUGGGCAUUCGAUACUAUUUACUGGAAAUAUCUAGAUGAGAAGUUCUUUGGCCAGCGUGAGCCGUAUGGUGGUAUUCACAAUACAGAGCUUUGGAAGACUAGAAUUGAUCUUCUCAGCCCAGAAGAGCAGGCCGCCAUGGAAACUAUGGUGCAGACCAAAGUGGAGGAGUCGAAGGAACGGAUUUUGGUGGAAUGGGAUGACGCGGAGGCAAGGCAACGUUUAUCGUCAUUUCUAUUUGACUAAAGCCAUGCAUGAAAUUGUGAAGCUCCCCUCUUAUUUAUCGGGUAUAUGUAGAAGGUUUUAAGUGAGGUAGUAGAAUGAUGAGCGCGCAUAGUAGUCAGAUUGAGAGUAUCAAUAUUUUCAACUGG